AAUUCUGUGCAACAUUUGUUUCAGUUGAACUUUCUAUCAAGUCUCUGAAAUUAGAGCAUAAAAUCACUUACUGACAGGAGCUGUCACUAAUAUCUGCACGAGCAGACUUUGAUCUUUCAGUUAAAAGCUACUGGAGUUUCUUUUCUUCACAUCAGUUACUUAAGAUGUCGAUUAUUAAUGAAAUAUCCUGGGUUGUGAUUACUCAUUUUUUAACCUUCUUUUAUACGUGUUUUGCAAUAGGGAGACUGAUACUAUCUUUCAUCACAAACCCGUUCAGUAUUUUCGGCAUAUUCAACUUCUGGCGGGGUCCAAUCUUUAAAGCUCCUCCACCUCAAUGGAAUGAUGAAGAACUCGGGACCCACGGGUUUCUGUCACUCAGUAAUGCUAAAGUCCACUAUGUUUGUAAAGGAGAUAAAAAUAAGCCCUUGAUGCUUUUCAUCCAUGGUUUCCCAGAAUGUUGGUAUUCCUGGCGCUAUCAAAUAGUUGAGUUCAGUAAAAAUUACAGAGUUGUUGCUUUUGAUCAAAGAGGCUAUUCACUCUCUUCCAAAUUUUAUGACAAGAAGGAUUUCACAUUUGAAAAACUGUCUGCUGAUGUGUCUGAAGUUAUUCAAACACUUGGUUACAAAGAUUGUGUGCUUGUCGGCCAUGAUUGGGGAGCUCUAGUAGCAUGGAGUACAGCUAUUAAUUAUCCUCAUUUGGUUUCCAAAUUAGUCAUUAUGAACUGCCCACAUCCAACAGUCCUUUCAAAGCAUAUUUGGAACCAUUUCUCUCAACUUAGAAAAUCAUGGUAUAUAUUUUUCUUCCAAAUGCCAUAUAUCCCAGAAUGGAUGUACUCACUCAACAAAUUUGAGGCUUUAUCUAAAAUUUUCAACAGUCGUGUUGGAGUCAGAAGUGAAAAUAUGACAAAGGAUGAUAUUGAUGUUUACAGAUAUGCAUUUUCUCAGCCAGGAGCAAUCACAGGACCCAUCAACUAUUACAGAGCAAAUUUUCUCAAUAGACAGGACAAACUACGUACAAACAUUCUGAAAAUGCCUGUACUUAUUAUUUGGGGAAAGCAAGAUGCCUUCCUCAAUCAUGAGAUGGCUGCAGAAUGUGGCAAAUAUGUUAAUAAUCUUUUGAUAAAAUACAUUGAAGAUGCUACACAUUUUGUUCAACUGGAUCGACCAGAAAUUGUGAAUAGCCUUGUGUGGCAAUUUCUUAAAUAGUUGACAAAGUAUAGUUCCUUCUAGUACUGAUUAAUCACGUGUAUACUUACAAAAAUGACUUGUCUUGUAACUUACCUGGAUAUCAUUUAUCCCAUGGAAGGAAUGUGAAAUAACUCCAGCUGAGAAGUGAAACCUGCCCAAGGUCUCUGCAUGUUAGGUUACUAUUUUGUACUCUGUACCAUUCAACAAUAUUCUAUAAAUAAUUUUAUGUGUAAUUGACUGACUGGUUAUCAAUGUAGGUUGAAGGAACAUCUUUUUAUCAGUCUGUUUUCUAAUGUAUAAAUAUUCAAAUAUUAUAAAGAUAAGUUCUAUGUAAGCCAUGUCCAUGACCUAACACUUUAUUUCUGACUGAGGUCAGUAUUAUGUCAUUUAUGUUGCUAAUACUCUUAUUGUUACAGUAAAAUAAAUUUAAGAAUAUAAUUAAUUUUAUCAUGAUUUCAAU